AUGACGAAUACGAUCCCAUUACUCCCCGAACUCAUCUUCGAAACAUUGGGACACUGCAACAUUGAAACUGUCUGGAACUUCGCAAAGACCUCAAGGGCUUCCUACCUCAUAGCCUUCAGGGUCUUAGCAUCGGGGUACCGAUUCCCAUUGACUAUUCCCCAUGCUCUACGCUCUGGAUUAGUAGAGAGACACCGGGAAGGCGGGUUUUAUGAUAGAAUAGACACGGUGGCCAUCGACGUCACCGAAACAUCAUGGCACCCUUCCAGUCUCCCCAAUCUCCUAGAUUUCCUAAAAUCAAAACGCGAAAACAAUGCCAGUGCCAAUGUCAUAAUUUACAGUCAUCAAAACGAACACUGUUCCAUCAACGCCCUCACCACGGUCUUCAAAGAGAUAUUUGUCCAAUUCUAUGAUACAAUCAAAGGGCUAAGUAUCCGCGUCGGUAUCGCUCAGGUGGAUGAAGGAGUAUUGGUGAAAAGAAUAAAUGAACUAUAUACCACUAUCAGAACAAGGAUUACUUCGCACAAGAUUUCCAGGGGUAGAGAAGGUCAUGAACCAUUACCUCUGAAAUCACUGGAUCUUCGGAUACAAGCCUAUAGUGCCCGAAGCACGAUGGAUUUGUUCUUACGGGCCGUGAGUCAUGUCAUUUCUGUAGCUGGUGGCGCGGAAGGGAAUAGAUUGGAAGACAUCAAACUUGUUGUCAGAUGGGCGGUUUAUAAUAGCGUGGAAGCGUCGGCUAUUUCCCCUUUGGAUAUUAACCUGCUAAAAUCGGAGUAUGUAAGGAAGGUGUGGCUUGAAGAUAAGAAUUGGUUUGGAGCCAGAAAUCGGGUUGGUGAGAUCGUGAGAUUUUGGCCGAAAGUCGAGGAGUUACAUUUGGAUUGUGGGGUUGGAGGGAGUCUCGUUGAUUAUGAAGGUUUGCGGGUCCUGAAAACCCUGCGAACGUUAUCGAUCCCGUUCCCAUACGCGGGCUGGCUCGCCGGAGAAGAGGGCUUUUGCUGCAUGAGAUCUCUGUUUUGGACCUACUUUUCCCAAGAGUCGAGGUUACUACAAGAAGAUGGACCUCUCAGGCAAAUCCAGUUUCAUUACUUGCGAAGAGACGGCCUAAUGACAAACUAUACAAAAAUAAGAUUAAGAAAGAAGAGGGUUGAUAGUUUAGAAGAUGCGAAUGGAGGGCAUGCUUCGCAGCUUGGAGGUGGGGCCGCGACUGCUGCCAUGGUAAUUCUAGCAGACGAUUCUCCUGAUUGGUUUGCUUUCACCAUGGAGGAUCUUGGAGAUAGGCCAACGGAUCCGAUCGAUUUGUCUGCAAUAUGUCAAUUGAUGUUGGCAGCUAGUUCAAGGAUUGAGAAGUUCCGAUGGACUAGGAUGCAUCGCGAGUUUUUGAAUCCCUUUCUGAACGGAAUUGCGGAGAGUAUGAUGGCAGUAGGGGACCGGCCGGAACAUUGGAGUGGGCUGGAGGAUGCUGUUUCCAAUCCAAAUAUCAACAGGGCUGGUAUUAAGUGCACUGAUUACAAUUGUAUUGCUUGA